AUGAACCUUUACAAGUACUCCCCAUCCGGGGCAGCUGCUAUAAUAUUUUUCGUUGCCUUCGUCAUCGGCGGCGCAUGGCACCUUUACAUCAUCAUCCGUAAGCGAGCGUGGUACUUUACACCAAUGCUGAUCGGAUGCACCUUUGAGCUGAUCGGCUACAUGGGCCGCUUCCUCUCCUCCAACGCCCCUGACGUAAUCGGCUUCUUUAUGAUCCAAACACUUUGCCUCCUCGUGGCACCCGCACUCUUCGCCGCCUCCAUCUACAUGGUCCUUGGUCGUCUCAUCAUCCAUCUCCGGUCCGAAUCGCUCUCUCCUAUAAAACCUUCACGGCUCACCAAGGUUUUUGUCAUCGGCGACAUCCUCUCCUUCAUUGUACAGAUCAUGGGCGCCGGCAUGUUGGCCAGCAGCAGCACCAUGAACACAGGAAAGACGGUUAUCCUACUCGGACUGGUCGUUCAGCUUAUAUUCUUCGGCUUGUUUGUUAUCUCCUCGGCCGUGUUUCAUUCGCGAGUGUCGAAGCAUAUGCCGCCAAUCUUGAUGGAGGAGGAGGAGGCAAACACGGGAUGGAGGCGACUAUUCAAUGGUUGGAGGGGCGUCAUGAGCGUUCUCUAUAUCGCUAGCGUCUUGAUUUUUGUUCGUUCGCUGUUCCGACUUGCCGAGUACGUCGAGGGCAAUGACGGCGCACUGCUCGGCACCGAAGUGUUUCUCUACAUCUUUGAUGCCCUGCUCAUGGUCGGUGUUGUGGCCAUUACUGCUGUCUUCCACCCGGCCAAGUACGUUCCAGGAAAGAAACAACUUCUCGUGUUGCAGAGCAUAGAACGCAGAUCCUGA